GUGUUUGUGGAAACUCUGGACAAAUGCUUUGAGAACGUCUGUGAACUGGACCUCAUUUUCCACAUGGAUAAGGUCCACUUCAUCCUUCAGGAGGUGGUGAUGGGAGGGAUGGUGCUGGAGACCAACAUGAAUGAGAUCGUGGGCCAGGUAGAGCUGCAGAACCGCAUGGAGAAAUCAGAGGGGGGCUUCUCUGCAGCGCCGGCGCGGGCUGUCUCCGCCGUCAAGAACAUCAACCUCCCAGAAAUGCCUCGCAACAUCAACAUCGGAGACAUCAAUAUCAAAGUGCCCAGCCUCUCUCCCUUCUGACCAGGGAGCGGAGCAGGGGCUAGGCCCAAACGGCACACUAUUCCCCAUAUAGUGCACUACUUUAGACCAGAGCCCUAUGGCACCCUAUUCCCUAUAUAGUGCACUACUUUAGACCAGAGCCAUAUGGCACCCUAUUCCCUAUAUAGUGCACUACUUUAGA